GAUGGAUCGUGCUCGAUGGCACGCGUGGACGCGCUGGUGAUGCCUCGUCAGUGCAAUUGUGUGAACGGCGGAAUUUGCAAGCUGGAUGGAAGCUGUGAGUGCUCGUCGGAUUUCGAAGGCGAGAACUGCCAGAAAUCAAACACCGUCAGUAGAAAGGUCGGUGAAGCACCAUUCGGAUUCGGAACAAAGAACGAAGCUGCCGACAGCACCGUGUCGUUUCAUGGAAACGUCAUCUCAUUUAGCAACCCAGCACUUGACAGCAAGCAGGAUGGAUCGUGCUCGAUGGCACGCGUGGACGCGCUGGUGAUGCCUCGUCAGUGCAAUUGUGUGAACGGCGGAAUUUGCAAGCUGGAUGGAAGCUGUGAGUGCUCGUCGGAUUUCGAAGGCGAGAACUGCCAGAAAUCAAACACCGUCAGUAGAAAGGUCGGUGAAGCACCAUUCGGAUUCGGAACAAAGAACGAAGCUGCCGACAGCACCGUGUCGUUUCAUGGAAACGUCAUCUCAUUUAGCAACCCAGCACUUGACAGCAAGCAGGACCCACACCCGAUCGAGUACAGUAUGCAACAGAUCAGCUCGUUAGAACCCGGUUCGACGACGUUCUCGAAUCCAGUGUACGAUCUGGAAACGGACAGCACUGCGGUGUUGCCUAUAGAAAAUACGCCAUCCACAUCCCAUCUAGCCAGUUUUCACUCACGAGAUCGAACUGGUGGCGAUGUCAUUGGUAAGCAAAUGCAACUAAAGAUACUCGUGAAAGAGAUUCACCUAAAUCUUUUGUCGCUCCUUAAGGAGGAGACCUGCACAUGCGAACACGAGCAUACGAAUACAAACAAUAUUGAAAAUGCGUUCCGAGAAAUUCCGCCCUGA